AUGCGAUGCACGCAUUUCGUCGUAUAUACUCCAACUGAUAAGACAAAUCCGCAACAGAACGAAAUAUCUCUGCAAGGAAAAGUCAUGAAGAGUACACCGUUCACUCCAAUGAGACAUGCGCAAGGACAAUUCCCUGGACUGUCGUCAGAGAUACUCGUAUUCGGCAUAAUUCUCUGUCGAUUAGAUGUUUCAGCUGGUGACAGACGACGCGCACAAUAUGGCAUCCGUAUCGAAAAUUAA